UUAACAAAUAUGUUGCUUAAAAAUUUCCUUAAAAACAAUAUAAUGCAAUCAAAAUACAGUUAUUAGAGUAAGAAAAAGAGUUCGUAAUAUUUUCAUAACCCCUUAAUAGAAGUAAAUAUGAAUUAAAUUUAUUAAUAGGGUUAAUAUGAAGUAACUCCAGCAAGAAAGGUUCCUCAAAAUAUAAUAAGACCAAGUUACAUGAGUAUACAUUUAUCAUAGAUUAAUAGCUGAUAAAAAACCUAUAUAUGGAAUAUAUGAAGGUCCAGCUGUUAUACAUGGAAAGAGUAUGAUUGAUAGUAAUUAUAUUAAUUAAUUAAGAAUUAAGGAAGGCUGCAAUUAUUGCAGCAAAAACUGCGCAAGUUGCUUAAAGAUCAGUUAGAAAAGGGAUGAGUACUGAUGAAUUAGACAAAAUAAUUCAUGAUUAUAUCAUUUCAUAAAAUGCAUAUCCUUCACCAAUAGGAUUUAUGGGAUUUCCAAAAAGUGUUUGCACUUCAGUUAAUGAAGUAUGCUGUCACGGAAUACCUAACAUGAGACCAUUAGAAGAAGGAGAUAGUCUUAAUAUUGAUGUUACAGUGUUUUAUGAUGGUGUUCAUGGUGACACUAGUGUUAUGGCGACUGUCCCAAUAAUUAAUUAAGAAAUAUCAAAAUUAAUAAAUACUACUUAAAAAGUGUAUUUUCAAAUGAUAACAAGGCACUUUAUGAAGCAAUCAAAAUUUGUGGGCCUGGACAAAAAUUUAAUCAAAUUGGAAAAGUAAUAGAGGAAGUUGCUAAUAAAGAAGGGUUUUUUGUAAGUGAGGUAUUUACUGGUCAUGGGAUUGGAGAAUUGAUGCAUAUGCCACCUACAAUUUAUCAUAAUAGUAAAAUUUUCUAAUAAUUUUUAGUUAAUUCACAUCCAGGAGUGAUGGUUCCUGGUAAUGUUUUUACUAUUGAACCUAUAUUACUAAUGAAAGAUUAGCAAGAUUAUGAGAUGUGGAAUGACUAAUUUACAGUGAUUUUGCCUGAUAAUCCAAGUGGUAAUCAAUCUAAUAAUCUAUAAAGCUUAAUGGGAACAUAUGAUUUUAAUAACUCAAAAUGGUUAUGAAGUUUUAACUAAAAGAGAUGAUGAAAUAGGGUUGUGA